AGUUUGGUCCAGGUAGAACAAGAUCUGGACAUGGGAUUUGGCUUCCUUUAGGCCAGCACACCAUUAAGCGUGCGCCACACUCUGCGCUUGCCGUACCCGGGGAUACAUUCACCACACCCGAGUGGCACCAUGGAGUCCUCAACAAAGGCGAUUCCACUACACAGCUCAGCACCGAUAAUCUGCGACCCUCGCACACCACCUGCAAAGAACGGGGUUGAAAAGGAAAAACUGUUCCUGGCAUCCGAUCCAAGCCUUGUCUUUUCUGAACAGAAAUCUGAACUAAAAAACCUUCCUCAGUACACUCAAUAUAUGGGGACUAGAGAGCGAACAAUAAGACAAUGCUUGAUUGUGAUCGCAGCAUUUAUGUCGCAUUUUUUCGUCCAUGGGCUGUCAGCAUCCAUGGGCGUUUACUUUGAAGAGUUCUUAGAGAUCUUCAAGCAAAGUGUGGGAGAUACAGCAUGGGUUGGAUCCCUCAAUUAUGGCAUGCUGUUAUUAACAGGUCCAGUAUGCAGCGUCAUCGUGGAUCGUUUCGGUUGCCGGGUGACGGCCAUGCUCGGAGGCGCUAUCGCUGCCGUGGGUCUAUUUCUCAGCGUUUUUGCCACAAGUCUGAUGUACUUGUAUGUCAGUUUUGGAAUAAUCACAGGCUUCGGUUUCGGAAUAAAUUGCUUUGCGUCGGUAUUCAUCGUUGGGUUGAGUUUUGAACGCCGCCGAAGUUUGGCCAUGGGCAUCAGCAUAGCAGGGAUAGGAGCCGGUAUGAUGACUCAGCCGUACAUAAUAGAGUAUCUCGUCGAGACAUACGGCUGGAGAGGAUCUCUCCUGAUUCAGUCUGGGUUUCUUCUCCAAACAAUGAGUAUCGGUGCUGUCCUUCAUGAGCUCCCGCCUAGAUACCAGGACAUCCCAGUAGUGGCAACGGAGGACACUACCCCAAAGCCAAAAAUUAUUGACUUUACGAUAUUCUUGAGUUUCAGUUACGUCCUUCUCUGCAUCAAUAACUUCUUAUUCUGCGUAGGCUUAUCUGUUGUGAUGGUCCACCUUCCGCAUGUCGCAGAUGUUUUGGACUUCUCACACAAGCAAGGCGCAUUUCUCCUCGUAGUCAUCGGCAUCUCUAACACAAUCGGGCGAGUACUACAGGGGGUCAUCGUCAGCGUUAGUUGUGUUAAAUGCAGUCCCACCUUGAACUACGCACUUUCUUACGGAAUUGCCGGCCUGGCAACUCUGUUCUUCCCAAUCAGUCGCCACUUCAUUCUUUUGGUAAUCUGUUCUGUUAUAUAUGGACUUGGUUAUUCUGCAUUUGGAACUUUGUUGCCUGAUGUUAUCAUAGCCAUAUUGGGGAAAAGGAGGCUCACCGUGGGAUACGGUGUGGUUAUGAAUUUUGGAGGAUUUGGGACAAUGCUCGGUGCACCAAUUGCGGGUUGGCUGUACGACGGACUACACAACUACCAGCCGUCUUUUUAUUUUGGGGGCACAUCGUUGAUUCUUAGUGGAUUAAUAAUGUUCAUUCCAUGGUAUCGCAUGAGGCAAACAGCCAGUGAUGAUGAGAAAAAAGACGUGAUAACAGAUAUCUAGAAGCAAGAAAACCCACCUCAUGCAUGCACAAGUGAAAUGCACAUUAAUGCAUGUGAACCCAGGGCGUUAGAAAGAAACGGGUUAAGUCGUGUAAAUAGUAUCUUAAUGUCCAGUGAGUGUUGAAGUAGAUAGACCGCCAGUCUGGGAUAUCGUGCCCUCUAUGAGGGACUGGAGUUAAAUUACAGGCGCAUACUUUGUCUGUAACUGUAAUUAGCAAUCUGUGUAAAA